AUGCCCUCCAUCCUGUCCGACGAGGACAAGCUGACGGUCAAACGCACCGUGCCCAAGUCGGCCAACAAGAUCCACGCCGUCGCCGUCGCCAAGCUGUACGUUGCCUACCCAGACCGGCACAACUGGACCUACACGGGACUGCAGGGCGCCGCCGUGCUCGCCAAUGACCUGGUCGGCAACACCUUCUGGAUCAAGCUGGUGGACAUAUCCUCUGCCAACCGCGGCGUCAUCUGGGACCAGGAGAUAUACGACACCUUCGCCUACAACCAAGAUCGCGUCUUCUUCCACACCUUCGAGCUCGAAGAAUGUCUCGCUGGCCUCUCGUUUGCCGACGAGAAGGAGGCCAAGACGUUCAAGAAGAAGCUGGACGACCGCGAGAAGAACGCGCACAAGAACACCAAGAACAAGCCGUUCGGCGCGGCAGCAGGAAGCAGCGGGCCUGUCGCCAACGGGAAGAGCCACGGCCAUGGUCUCCUGGGAGGGCUGUUUGGACACAGGCAUUCCUCGAACCCGGCACCGCCGCCGCAGUCCAUCAUACCACCACCAGCCCUGAGUGUUGUGUCGCCCUCACAGAGCAGCCACUCCAACGCAACAAGCGCAAGAAGCUCCGCAAUCGACACUACAGACCCCUCGUGGCAGCCACUGCUGAAGGAACUGCUGGCCAUGGGCAUCACAGAAGACCAGAUCGAGGAAAAUGCAGACUUUAUCAAGCUGUACAUUGAGCAAAAGAAGCAUGACGAGAAAGCUCAAGCUGACAACGAGGCAAGGAGAGCGAGAGCACCGCCACCUCCUCCGCCGAGCGCGCCGCCGACAGCGCGAACCAUCAGUCCUCAAACCACCGGCAACUCGAAGCGAGGACCGCCUCCAGCGCCGCCGCCAGCUCGAAGGACAAAGACCGAACUGCCCAACCCCACCUCAUCCUCGAAUCCUGCGCCCCCAUCGCCUCCACGAGAGCCCUCUCCACCUCCUGGCCCCCCGAAGCCGGUGUUCAGGGCACCUCCUCCGCUCGCAGAUGCUGGCAAGUUUGCCAACCAACCCCCUCCACCACCAAACCGAGUGCGAGCGCAGUCAGGUGCUGCUUCUGGUCCACCUCCGCCUCCACUACCACCAAAGACACCCGUACCUGCCGAGGACCAGCCUGCGGGAGGCAAGUUCGGUGUACCGCCUCCCUUCACAGGCAACCGAGUACCUUCAGGCGCGCCACCUCCACCUCCAAGUCGCGGACCCGUCCCACCUCCGCCUCCUGCGCGAAACACUCCGUCAGCGCCGCCUCCACUGCCGCCGAAGACGCCAGGAACAUCACUUCCACCUCCACCACCAAUGAACAAUGCGCCGCCAGCACCACCUCCUCUACCACCGACAUCGUCUCGGCCUGUGCCGCCCGCCCCGGCUGGCUCGGCUCCUGUACCACCGCCACUACCUCCCACAUCCUCGAUUCCCCCUCCUCCUCCAAUGCCAGGGAGGUCGAUCCCGCCUCCUCCACCCAUGCCCAACAAUGCGGUACCCCCUCCUCCGCCUAUGCCCAACAGUGCAGUACCCCCUCCUCCGCCAAUGCCCAACAGUGCAGUACCCCCUCCUCCACCAAUGCCCAGCAGUGGCGCCCCUCCCCCACCACCCCCAAUGCCACCUGGCUCCGGACCGCCUCCACCUCCGCCAAUGCCAUCAAGGGAUGCUGGUCCACCACCGCCUCCAGCCGGUGGUCCUCCACUGCCAAAGGCAGCUGCAGUUGGGCGCGAUGGCCUGCUUGCAGACAUUCGUGGAGGUGCGAGGUUGAAGAAGGUCUCGGACGCGGAGAAGAAGGAUCGCAGUGGAGCAGCAGUGCCAGGGUCAGAGCCAGCUUCGACGCCUGGGGCUGGUGGAGGUCCCGCAACACCAGGAGCAGAUGCUGGCUUGGCUGGAGCAUUGGCUAGCGCGCUCGCGGCGAGAAAGGCUAAAGUUAGCCACAGUGACGAUGAGUCCGACAAGGACGACUGGUAG